AUGCCGCGAGAAGUUCGUCACGGCACCAAGCAAAGAAACACCGACGUGUGCACGGACCGAGGAAUCCGGCCGGCCGUCGUCCUCCUCGAUUCUAUGGGGCACCGCGGGGACACCAAGCCUGUCAGUGGCGGCGGGUUCAGUGAGAAUGGCAAGUUUAGCUAUGGUUAUGCGAGCAGUCUAGGGAAAAGAUCUUCCAUGGAGGACUUCCACGAGACGAGAAUCGAUGGCGUCGAUGGAGAGACCGUCGGAUUGUUCGGUGUUUUCGACGGCCAUGGUGGAGCUCGAGCCGCGGAGUUCGUCAAGCAGAACCUUUUCAGCAACUUAAUCAAGCACCCAAAGUUCUUCACCGAUACCAAGUCCGCUAUUGCUGAAACUUUCACCCAUACGGAUUCAGAGCUCCUGAAGGCCGAUACCACCCACAACCGAGAUGCAGGGUCGACGGCCUCCACGGCCAUUCUCGUUGGCGAUCGCCUGGUGGUGGCAAACGUUGGGGACUCUAGGGCGGUCAUUUGUAGAGGCGGUGAUGCUAUAGCCGUGUCAAGGGACCAUAAGCCUGACCAGACAGAUGAAAGGCAGAGGAUAGAGGACGCCGGAGGUUUCGUGAUGUGGGCAGGUACAUGGCGUGUGGGCGGCGUGCUUGCUGUUUCUCGGGCAUUUGGUGACAAACUGUUGAAGCAGUACGUGGUUGCCGAUCCAGAGAUCAAGGAGGAGGUGGUCGACAGCUCCCUGGAGUUCCUCAUCCUGGCGAGCGACGGGCUGUGGGACGUCGUGACCAACGAGGAAGCCGUGGCCAUGGUGAAGCCGAUCGUGGACUCACAGGAGGCGGCCAAGAAGCUCCUCGUGGAGGCGACGCGGAGGGGAAGCGCCGACAACAUCACCUGCGUCGUCGUCCGUUUCCUGGACCAGCAGCCCCCGGCGGCGGCCACCAACAGAUCCCCAGCCCCUGUCGCACCGGGCAAGUGA